AAUCCUUUCAGAAGGAACAUACGCGUAACAUACACUUUUCCCAUUUUAGUAAUAACAUUCACUUUUGUCUUUUCGCGUUUUAUAUAAUACUUCGAAAUAGGUACAAAAUGGACCCUAUGAAGCAUUUCGGAAACAUAAAAGAAAAUGUUGAGCGGGAGGAUUUGGCAAGGCGACAUUACCCCAAAAGAUGGGGAUUUUUGUCUGGAAAAGAUAUUUAUAAAUUCUACAAUCAGACUGAAGUGAACGCUAAGAUUGCUGCAAGCAACCUUCAAGGACAGUGUCCUUACCAGUAUACAGGACACGGAGACUCAUACUUCGUAUCGAAGGACAUGUACAAUAUAUUACUAGCUACGUGUCGCUGUGGUCGGCCAAAAUCGAACUUGCAUUUAAUUAAAUGUUAUCAAAAAAUUGAGAGCAAAUGUGGUGAGAAAAGUUUACUCAAUUUGCCAAAUACAAUACCAAACAGUACGGAAGCAGAUACUAUGCUCACUCACAAAAUUCCUGAGACAACAGCAGGAAUGAUUGGUUGGUUACCAAGUCGUUAUUCAGCAUGGGAACGAACUACUUACUAUGUGUCCCCAAAGUGCACGAUGCCUGGUUACAAGAUAAAUGAUCAUCCUUACAGCACCAUCUUCAUAGGGUAAACGUAUAUGUAUGUCCUUCGGGUGUAUUUGCAAGGCUACUGAUUGCUGUUGCAGUUGAAGAUGCAUU